AUCGAGACCAUCGCUAAUGAGUACAGCGACCGCAGCACGCCAUCAUGUAUAGCCUUUGGACCCAAGAAUCGCUCAAUUGGUGCUGCAGCUAAAAGCCAGGUGAGCGUAUAGUUUGGGUAAAAGCAACUUCAGUAGUCAAGAAUCAGAUUAGCACAAUGUAUUUUUUAUCAUUGUAGGUUACAAAUGUCUCUGAGCUGGUGUCCUAGUGUCUCCAUAACUGUAAUGAACAGCUGAGCUUAAUUCAGCUGUUCAGCAUGUAAUGCUGCUUUGUCAUCUUGGACAGAAUAAGGGUUGAUAGUUGUAUGUAAUGAAAUGUAAAAAAAAAAAAAUAAAAAAAUUUUGCCCUUAAAUUCUGAUAAAUACUUGUGUUUUCUUUUAGGAUGCAAAUGUAAAUUCUAAAGCUAAGCAGUAGUGUUUCAUCCUACCUUAGCUUUUUCCAGUUUGUGUGCAUUAUGAUAGCUUUUAAUUGUGUGACUAUAUUCUAUAGAAUUCCAUUAAGUGCAUAGUUUUGGCAGAAAGGGGACAAGCUUGAGCGUAAAUAUAUAUAGCUUUCUUGACUCUUUGUGGCUGAAUUACAACCUAUAUACUUGUCUUAGGCAUUCUUGUUCAUACCUUGAGUUUCUGUUGGUGUAGGUAGGUAAAUAUGAUUUAAGGACUGAGAAGAAGUUAAGCUGAUUUGUCCUGCUUGUGACAUUUGGGUCCUGCUGUAUUGUAUCUUGUAUUGCUGUGAAACCCCUAUAAAACAUGAUUUUUUUUGAAGUCCUCUACAGGAAGUGACUAUUCAAACACUUGGUUUUUCUUAGCCUAAAAUACCUAGAGAUGUGUGAAGAUUCAUUAUCUAGAAUACAAAAAUGACUGGACACAACCAUGUUAUUCAAGAACAGAAGAACUGUACUAGAACUAAAUACAGAUGUUUUUUCUGGAAUUGAGUGUCUGCUUAGCUUAAAGAAAUUCAUUGAUACAGAGAUCCAGUAGAGAUGAGGUAUGUCCUGCAGAAACUAAACUUACAGAAAAUUAAAACCAGGUUACUUAGGAAAUAGACACUUGACUGAAACUGAAUCGGAGGUAAAUGUUAUAUGGUACAGUGCUUGUCUGCUUUGUCAAUUACUGUGUUUUUUCCAGUAUGUAUCUUGCUCUAAUGUAAAUGAAAGAAUUAAACAAGUUUACUUGCACUACGUGAAAAUAAGCUAUAACGAUUUUUCACUUCUUUACUUGCACUGAUCUCUGUUAUUAAUAAGGCAAUCUACCUUUUGUCAGUUAAAUCAAGUUGACAAUAUCACGUUGGUGCCCUCCUGACUUUUUAAAGCUUCAUGACAAGGUCCUUGAGCUGUUUUGUGAGAAUAUCUGUGUGUUGGCUGUCACAUGCAUGUGAUGAACCUGAACUGGAGUUUACGUCAAUAUGCUUGUUAUAUUUGCAAAAUUACUGGCUGCAACGCAAUAGAAAGGUUAUUUCAAAUGCAAAGAAUACAGUACAAAGUUUUAAAAGAUUUCAUGGUCGUGCAUUCUCAGAUCCCUUUGUUCAAGCUGAAAAAGCAAGCCUUGCGUAUGAACUUGUCCAGCUGCCAACAGGCUCAACUGGCAUCAAGGCCAUGUACAUGGAAGAAGAAAGAAACUUUACUAUUGAACAGGUGACAGGAAUGCUUCUUACCAAAUUAAAAGAGACUGCUGAGAAUGCGCUUAAGAAGCCUGUAGUUGACUGUGUUGUUUCUGUUCCCUGUUUCUACACAGAUGCAGAAAGGAGAUCUGUGAUGGACGCUACACAGAUUGCUGGUCUCAACUGUCUGAGACUAAUAAAUGAAACAACUGCAGUUGCCCUUGCGUAUGGAAUCUAUAAGCAAGACCUGCCUGCCUUGGAAGAGAAGCCACGGAAUGUUGUUUUUGUGGAUAUGGGGCAUUCUGCAUAUCAAGUUUCUGUUUGUGCAUUCAACAAAGGAAAACUGAAAGUUCUUGCUACAUCAUUUGAUACAACACUUGGAGGCAGGAAGUUUGAUGAGAUGUUAGUUGAAUACUUUUGUGAAGAAUUCGGAAAGAAAUAUAAACUAGACAUAAAGUCAAAGAUUCGUGCAUUGUUGAGACUAUACCAGGAGUGUGAAAAACUGAAAAAAUUGAUGAGCGCUAAUGCCUCUGAUCUUCCAAUGAACAUAGAAUGCUUCAUGAAUGACAUAGAUGUCUCUGGAACAAUGAACAGGAGCAAAUUUUUAGAGAUGUGUGAUGGACUCCUUGCAAGAGUAGAACCCCCCCUUCGCAGUGUGCUGGAGCAAGCCAAGUUAAAGAAGGAGGAUGUUUAUGCAGUAGAGAUAGUUGGUGGUACCACAAGAAUCCCUGCUGUAAAAGAGAAGAUCAGUAAAUUUUUUGGCAAAGAAGUCAGUACAACUUUGAAUGCAGAUGAGGCUGUUGCACGAGGUUGUGCGCUGCAGUGUGCUAUUUUAUCCCCGGCUUUCAAAGUGAGAGAAUUUUCUAUCACAGAUUUGAUACCGUAUCCUAUUUCUUUACGAUGGAAUUCACCAGCAGAGGAAGGGUUAAGUGACUGUGAGGUCUUUCCCAAGAACCAUGCUGCUCCAUUUUCAAAGGUCCUCACAUUCUACAGAAAGGAACCUUUUACUCUUGAGGCAUACUACAGUUCUCCCAAGGAAUUGCCUUACCCAGAUCCUGCUAUAGCUCACUUCUUGGUUCAGAAGGUCACUCCUCAAACAGAUGGAUCCAGUUCAAAAGUGAAAGUGAAAGUUAGAGUAAAUAUCCAUGGAAUCUUCAGUGUUUCAAGUGCAUCUUUAGUGGAGGUUCAUAAAUCUGAUGAGAGUGAAGAGCCUAUGGAAACAGAUCAGCAUGCAAAAGAGGAAGAGAAGAUGCAGGUAGACCAGGAAGAGCAACAAAAGCCUGAAGAGCAACAGCAGGCCCAACCUGAAAAUAAGGCAGAGUCUGAAGAAAUGGAGACUUCUCAGGCUGACUCAAAAGACAAGAAAGUGGAUCAACCACCUCAAGCCAAGAAGGCUAAAGUAAAGACGACUACAGUGGACCUUCCCAUUGAGAAUCAGUUGGUGUGGCAGAUAGGGAAAGAUAUGCUGAACUUAUUCAUUGAGAAUGAGGGUAAAAUGAUAAUGCAGGAUAAGCUAGAGAAAGAGAGGAAUGAUGCCAAGAAUGCAGUGGAAGAAUAUGUGUAUGAUAUGAGAGACAAACUCUGCGGUAUUUACGAGAAAUUUGUUAGUGAAGAUGAUCGAAAUAGUUUCACGCUGAAGCUGGAAGAUACAGAAAAUUGGCUUUAUGAAGAUGGUGAAGACCAACCCAAACAAAUUUAUAUUGAUAAAUUGACAGAAUUGAAGACUCUGGGUCAACCUAUUCAGGCAAGAUUUCAAGAAUCAGAGGAAAGACCAAAAGCAUUUGAUGACUUAGGGAAGCAAAUUCAACAGUACAUGAAAACUGUUCAUGCAUUCAAAGCAAAGGAUGAACAGUAUGACCAUCUAGAUGAAGCAGAUGUAGCAAAAGUGGAGAAGAGUGCAAAUGAAGCUAUGGAGUGGAUGAACAAUAAACUUAAUCUUCAAAACAAGAGAAGUCUUACUUUGGACCCAGUUAUAAAAGCUAAAGACAUACAAGCUAAAACUAAAGAAUUGACAAGUAUUUGUAAUCCUAUAGUCACAAAACCAAAACCCAAAGUUGAACUCCCAAAGGAGGAGCAGAAACCAACUGAACCCAAUGGACCAGUAGAAGGCCAGGGAGAAGCCAACGGUGGGUCCCAGGCUGCUGAACAGAGUGCUGCUGCUGCUGCCCCAACGGCCACAGAGAAGAAGCUUCCCGAAAUGGACAUUGACUGAAUUUCAGCACUUGUUUAUAUUAUUGCAAACUACAAUAAAGCUUUAAGUUGU